AUGUCUACUCCUACAAUAUCAACUGUUGCUUAUAUUUCGCAGCAAAUCGUUAGAUAUUUUGGAAUACCUAUUUUUGUUGCUGGCGUGAUUGGCGCAAUAUUGAGCACAACGGUAUUGUUUAGUCUUCAAACAUUUCGACAAAAUUCUUGUGCAUUCUAUUUGGCACUGAUGUCAAUAUUUGAUCUGAGUGAGUUAAUUAUAAGUCUACUCAGUUUCAUUAUGAUUAAUGGAUUCGGUAUUGAUUGGACACAAAAUUCAAUAGUCUAUUGUAAAGUCAGGCUAUACUCGAUUCAAGUAUUUGGUCUCAUUGCUAAAAACUAUUUAUGUCUAGCAACUAUUGAUCAGUUUUUGGCUACUACGACUACUCGCCCUCAAUGGCAACAAUGGUGUACUGUUAAAUUGGCUCGUCGUCUAUGCUUAGCAUGUGGAUUGUUAUGGGCUAUCGUUGGAAUUCCAUUCAUCAUCUAUUAUGACUUAAUAAAAUCAUCUUUAACCGGAAAGCUUACAUGUGUGAUAACAAGCAAUAAUUUUCUGCAAUAUUAUAAUACUUUUCAUUCAAUGUUUGUUCAAAGCUGUCUUUUUGUCAUCACAACAGGCAUAUUUGGAUUAUUAGCCUAUCGCAAUAUACAACAAUCGUCUCAUCAAGUAUUACCUAUUAUACGACGUGGAUUAGCCAAACAACUCACAUCAAACUUCCAUGGUCUUGCUCAGCUGUUGACACCUUUGUCACUCGAUGUUCUUGCUCUUCAAGAAGCUCUUCAUAUUACAGAAUCGUCCGAUACAACAUUUAAUACUCACUCUGAUUUGAACCUUCUCUCCAAACUACUGCAGUUACGUUAUGUUACCUUUGGUGCUGCCGCUAGAGAUGCAUUCGGCAAUGCACUUCUCUCACAGUAUCAAAUGUUGGCAAUACAGUGUGAAGACCAGUUCUCAAAAGGCAAUGAUGCUACUAUUUACGUCAUCCAUCUUGAUCAUAUGAAGGAACAGUUUCGUUUGACACAAAUAAAUGAAUUUGAGAAGCAUGUACAAGAUUCCGAUGGUUUUCAAUUAGUUGUGGGUGAUUUCAAUUCGUUAACAUUUGACGAUUACUCUGACGAGUAUUUUGACACAAAUAUUCGAAAAAUACGUGAUCAAAAUUCCUGGGAAACUCCUUACAAUUUAGUGAUAAAUGAAAUGAAAGAAAAUGUAUAUCGGGACUGUUGGCGUGAAAUGAACAAGUAG